UCCCUGCAUGUGGUUAUACAUCAUAGCCUCUUCUCAUCUAAGUACUUCUUGUGUUUUACUAGUUGAUCUGCAAGUAGAACGUACAAAGACCAUGUCGAAUCUUGUUUCAAGCUGGUCUAAGAACGUUCAAGCCGUGCCAGCGAGUUAUAUUCUUCCAGAGGAGAAGAGGCCAGGAGACAUACCAGUGCCUCUAUGCAAGGACAUUCCGGUAGUUGAUCUAACAAGGGUAGAGGGUCUUGGACGAUAUGAAGUAGUUCAGACCAUGAUGAAAGCUAGCCAGGAUUUUGGAAUUUUUCUGGUGAUCAACCAUGGAAUACCAGAAGAACUAAUGAAUGGCGCGAUGAGCCUGUGCAAGGAGUUCUUCGACAUGCCUGCAGAAGAAAAGGCUGUGUAUUACUCUGAAGACAAAACUAAGAGUUUUCGUCUCUACACAAGCCAAUUUAGUCCCGAAGCGAACAAGGUUGUAUCCAGUUGGAGGGAUACGCUGCAUCACUACUCAUGUCACCCUUUGGAGGAGAAGAUCCAAUCUUGGCCUGGAAAGCCAGCCCGGUAUCGAUUAUCAGCAAUGGAAAGCUAAAAAGUGCUCUUCAUCGAGCCGUGACGAAUACAAGUACUGCACGGACGUCCUUGGUCAAUUUUAUUGGUCCAUCGCUACAAUCCAUUAUAGAACCAGCAAAAGCGCUUGUUAGUGAAUCCAAUCCAAAACUCUUCAAACCCAUCUCAUCUAAGGACUACUAUGAGCUUUACAUGGUCGCUGUUCGUGGGCCUCAAGGUUCGGCAUUGGAUUUGCUCAAGCUCUAAAUGAGGGAGGACAAUCUAGAGCUGGAAAACGGUUGGAUUAUAUA